GUCCCGCCCCUCCCUCCUGUGCUCCCUGCCGUCCUCCCUGCUCCGGGCCCCACCCGGCUCAGACGGCUCCGGACGGGACCGCGAGCACAGGCCGCUCCGCGGGCGCUUCGGAUCCUCGCGGGACCCCACCCCCGCCCAGCCUACCCAGCCCGCUGCAGCCGCCAGCGCGCCCCGUCGGCAGCUCUCCAUCUGCACGUCUCUCCGUAAACCCAGUGAGCCGUGUGCAGCUACCAUGUUCAGCUGGCUGAAGCGGGGCGGGGCACGGGGCCAGCAGCCCGAGGCCAUCCGCACGGUGACCUCGGCCCUCAAGGAGCUGUACCGCACGAAGCUGCUGCCACUGGAGGAGCACUACCGCUUUGGGGCCUUCCACUCGCCAGCCCUGGAGGAUGCAGACUUCGACGGCAAGCCCAUGGUGCUGGUGGCCGGCCAGUACAGCACGGGCAAGACCAGCUUCAUCCAGUACCUGCUGGAGCAGGAGGUGCCCGGCUCCCGCGUGGGGCCCGAGCCCACCACCGACUGUUUUGUGGCCGUCAUGCACGGGGACACUGAGGGCACCGUGCCCGGCAACGCCCUCGUCGUGGACCCGGACAAGCCCUUCCGCAAACUCAACCCCUUCGGAAACACCUUCCUCAACAGGUUCAUGUGUGCCCAGCUCCCUAAUCAGGUCCUGGAGAGCAUCAGCAUAAUCGACACCCCGGGUAUCCUGUCGGGUGCCAAGCAGAGAGUGAGCCGCGGCUACGACUUCCCGGCAGUGCUGCGCUGGUUCGCGGAGCGCGUGGACCUCAUCAUCCUGCUCUUUGAUGCGCACAAGCUGGAGAUCUCGGACGAGUUCUCGGAGGCCAUCGGCGCGUUGCGGGGCCAUGAGGACAAGAUUCGCGUGGUGCUCAACAAGGCCGACAUGGUGGAGACGCAGCAGCUGAUGCGCGUCUACGGCGCGCUCAUGUGGGCGCUGGGCAAGGUGGUGGGCACGCCCGAGGUGCUGCGCGUCUACAUCGGCUCCUUCUGGUCCCAGCCUCUCCUCGUGCCGGACAACCGGCGCCUCUUCGAGCUGGAGGAGCAGGACCUCUUCCGCGACAUCCAGGGCCUGCCCCGGCACGCCGCCUUGCGCAAGCUCAACGACCUGGUGAAGAGGGCCCGGCUGGUGCGGGUUCACGCUUACAUCAUCAGCUACCUGAAGAAGGAGAUGCCCUCUGUGUUUGGGAAGGAGAACAAGAAGAAGCAGCUGAUCCUCAAACUGCCCGUCAUCUUUGCGAAGAUUCAGCUGGAACAUCACAUCUCCCCUGGGGACUUUCCUGAUUGCCAGAAAAUGCAGGAGCUGCUGAUGGCUCAUGACUUCACCAAGUUUCACUCGCUGAAGCCGAAGCUGCUGGAGGCGCUGGACGAGAUGCUGACUCACGACAUCGCCAAGCUCAUGCCCCUGCUGCGGCAGGAGGAGCUGGAGAGCACCGAGGUGGGCGUGCAGGGGGGCGCUUUUGAGGGCACCCACAUGGGCCCGUUUGUGGAGCGGGGACCUGAUGAGGCCAUGGAGGACGGUGAGGAGGGCUCGGAUGACGAGGCCGAGUGGGUGGUGACCAAGGACAAGUCCAAAUACGACGAGAUCUUCUACAACCUGGCGCCUGCCGACGGCAAGCUGAGCGGCUCCAAGGCCAAGACCUGGAUGGUGGGGACCAAGCUCCCCAACUCGGUGCUGGGGCGCAUCUGGAAGCUCAGCGACGUGGACCGCGAUGGCAUGCUGGAUGAUGAGGAGUUCGCGCUGGCCAGCCACCUCAUCGAGGCCAAGCUGGAGGGCCAUGGGCUGCCCACCAACCUGCCCCGUCGCCUGGUGCCACCCUCCAAGCGACGCCACAAGGGCUCUGCCGAGUGAGCCGGCCCCCCCCCCAUGGCCCUGCUGUAGCUCCCCAGCUCCAGUCAGCUGCACGCACACCCCUGCCCCGGCUCACACACGCCCUGCCUGCCCUCCCUGCCCAGCUGUAAGGACCGGGGGUCUCCCUCCCCACUACCGCCAGACACCCAGGUAGAAGCACUUAGAGGGGACCACGGGAGGGAGAAGGCUUCUCUGUCCGCCCUUCACACCUCUAGCCUCACGUUCACUUAGGCACAUCACACAGACACUGGCACUCGCAGGCAUCCAUCCAUCCGUCAUUCAUUCAAAUAUUUAUUGAGCACCUACUAUAUGCCCAGCCCUGUUCCAGGCACCGGGCAUUACCAUAGAGAACAAAAUAGACAAAUACAUCUGCCCUCAUGGAAGGUGACAUUCCCAGGAGAGGGCACCUACACAGUCACGCAAACACACACUAAUUCCUGGCAGGACCCCAGCCCCUCCCCUGGGUGAGCAGCCCUGUGGUUGAAAUGACUAACAGAGAAACAGAGCCCCUUCUGCUCCGCUUCCUCCUGCCCAGCCCGGCAACACCCUCAACCCACUCCAUCACAUCCUCAGGUCUCGGGACCAUGGGGGGCUCAGAGGGGAGACACGCCUACUGCUUCCUCAGAUGGGCCCCUAUGCAGCCCCUCCCCUUGCUCGGGGAAAGCCCCCAGUUCUGCCCAUACGCAUUUAUUUCCUUCCUUCCUUCCUUCUUUCCUUCCUUCCUUCUUUCCUUCCUUCCUUCUUUCCUUCCUUCUUUCCUUCCUUCCUUCCUUCUUUCCUUCCUUCCUUCCUUCCUUCCUUCUUUCCUUCCUUCCUUCUUUCCUUCCUUUCUUCCUUCCUUCUUUCCUUCCUUCCUUCUUUCCUUACUUCCUUCCUUCUUUCCUUCCUUCCUUCUUUCCUUCCUUCCUUCCUUCUUCCCUUCCUUCUUUCCUUCCUUCCUUCUUUCCUUCCUUCCUUCCUUUUUUUUGUUUUUGCCCCCAAUUCUGUCCACACCCAUUUCCUUCCUUCCUUUCUUUUCUUUUCUUUCUUUCUUUUUUUUUUUUUUUUUUUAUGGAAUCUUGCUCUGUCGCCCAGGCUGGAGUGCAGCGGUGAGAUCUCAGCUCACUGCAACCUCCACCUCCUGGGUUGAAGUGAUUCUCAUGCCUCAGCCUCCUGAGUAGCUGGGACUGCAGGCACGCGCCACCACGCCCAGCUAAUUUUUGUAUUUGAGUAGAGACGGGGUUUCACCAUGUUGGCCAGGCUGGUCUGGAACUCCUCAUCUCAGGUGAUCUGCUCGCCUCGGCCUCCCAAAGUGCUGGGAUUACAGGCAUGAGCCAUCGUGCCCGGCUUCACACCCAUUUCUUUAAAAAGGAUCCCGUAGCAGGCAGAAAAGCCCCUUCCAUCCUGCUCUUCCGAGACUGUACCCCCUUGGAGGUAUUUCCGUCCUCCACCCACGCGUCUGUGGCUGGAAAUGCCCAGCCUGCUCCUGGCCCCCUGGAAGCCUCCCCACAGCUGGUGAUCUGGACUUAAGGAUUGCUGGGCCACCGCCUCUCUGCCCACCACCAUUCCAUAUUUAAGUGGGGCCCCUACGUAGAAAGGCCCCGGGGCUUUAUUUUAGUCUCCUUUUCAGGGAUGUCGUGGGCGGGGGAGGGGGGUUCUUGGUGCUACAGCCCUCUCCCCACCCCUAAAGGGCCCCGACGCUGUUUGCUGCCUUCACCACGUAUGAGUGCUUGACCCUGGCAGGGGACCCCAUGGAAAAGAUGGGGAAGAGCAAAAUACAUGGAGACGACGCACCCUCCAGGAUGCUCGCUGGGAUUCCCACGCCCACCAUUGUCCCCCACCCCGUGGCUGGGAGGGGCCUCUGAACGGAACAGUGUCCCCACAGAGCGAAUAAAGCCAAGGCUUCUUCCCA